AUGGCUCCUUUCAAGUUCGGUAAAAAAUCAAACAAAGAUAAGAACAAACGUGAGUUUUCCAACGAAAGUAAUGGUACUUUGAAUCAUUCACCAGGUAGCAAACAAGUGUCCACUCCUCCUAAAACUAGAUUGCCUAUGGCGUCUGCUUUCCAUCCGUUCCAAAAGCAGCAUCCUCAACAACAACAACAACAACAACAGCAGCAAACGCAGGCACCUGUAUCACCUCCAAGAGACCAAUUACCUUCUGAACAUAAUACGCAACAACAGCCAUUUAUAUCUCAUAAUAUUCACCCUCAACAACAGGAACAACAACCUCAGCAACACUCAAGAAUCUUCAUGACACCCACUCCAGCUGGCCAAAGAAAUGUUUCCGCUGCAUCAUCGACAAUGCCAAUGGCAUAUUCACAAACAUUAGGCAACAACCUUCCUUCCUAUAACGAACCUACAGAUUAUCAUAAACUCCAUCCAACCACAAUAUGGAACAGAAUCAAAUUACAAAAUUCUCCAUUUCCACGUUAUAGACAUGUGGCCUCAUCAUACGUAUCAGACGAUGGCAAGAUUUAUGUUAUCGGAGGUCUUCAUGAUCAAUCAGUCUAUGGGGACACAUGGAUUCUUUCUUAUGAAAACAAUGGAUUAUCCACUACAAUUACAUCCAAAACAGUAGAUAUAAGUGAAAAUACUCCACCUCCAAGAGUAGGCCAUGCAGCAACGUUAUGCGGGAAUGCAUUCGUCAUAUUUGGUGGUGAUACUCAUAAAGUUAACAAAGAUGGAUCUAUGGAUGAUGAUAUUUACUUAUUCAAUAUCAAUUCAUAUAAAUGGACAAUCCCUAAACCUGUAGGACAACGUCCCUUAGGAAGAUACGGUCAUAAGAUUUCUAUUAUCGCCACUUCACAAAUGAAAACAAAAUUAUAUCUUUUCGGUGGUCAGUUCGAUGAUACUUACUUUAACGAUUUAGUGGUCUUCGAUUUGUCUUCAUUUAGAAGACCGGAUUCACAUUGGGAAUUCAUAAGACCAAAGAGUUUCAUACCACCUCCUUUAACUAAUCAUACUAUGUGUUCAUAUGAUCAUAAAUUGUGGGUUUUUGGUGGAGAUACUUUACAAGGUUUGACUAAUCAAGUCUUCAUGUACGAUCCUGUAGAUAAUGAUUGGUGUGUGGUGGAAACUUUCGCUAAUAACAAUGAUGUUUCCAAUAUUCCACCACCAAUACAAGAACACGCAGCGGUAUUAUAUAAAGAUUUAAUGUGUGUCAUCGGAGGGAAAGAUGAAAGUGAUAAUUAUUUGAAUGAUGUAUAUUUUCUAAACUUAAAGACUUUAAAAUGGUUCAAAUUACCUUUCUAUAAAGAAGGGGUACCACAAGGUCGUUCAGGACAUUCAGUAACUUUAUUGAAAAACGAUAAGAUUUUGAUCAUGGGUGGUGAUAAGUUUGAUUAUGCAAACAUCGAUAGUUUUGAUUUUCAUACAUCUGAUACAAACAUGGGUAAGGGAACUAUUCUGUAUGUUUUGGAUUUAUCCAAUUUGGAAAAAUUAUGUCCAGGUAUCUUCAACAAUAAUUUUGAAAACUCUUCACCUAUAAAAUUCAAUCCAACGACGCCACCAAUUAAUUCGUAUUCAAGAAAUAUUGAAUCAACUAACAAUAAUAACAGUACACCUAUGAAUAACAAUGGAACAUUACCAACAUCGAUUGCUCAGAAUAUAUUAACACCAUACGCGCAACCACAAAGGGAAGAAGAAGAAGAAGAAACUGUCACUAAAACUGCCAUUCCAAAAUCAGAAACUGAAGCAGCAGUAGCUAAAUUAUCACCAUAUGCGGGACAAAAUGAAUUGGCAAACAUGUCACCAGAAGAAAAGGUAGUCUCCUCACUAAAUCAUAAUGCAACAUUAUCCCCAACCUAUCCUAAUGAAAAACCAAGAAUAUCACAUUCCUCAUCUUCAGAUUUGAACGCAACAAUAGGCGAACGCCAUCCAUUAGAUUCACCAGAUGUAGAACGUACUAAGGAAUUCGAUACUGUUCAAGAAGACAUCAACGUUGCUAACUUACCCAAAUCAGCAUCACCAGUACCGCCUCCACGUUUACCAUCUCCAUCACCUUCUGAUUCUAAUGCUGCAUCUACAUUAUCUUCACCUGAAAUGAGUAAACAUUCAUCAAGAUCUCCAGUGAAAUUGGAUGAUCCAAUUCUUGUGACGAAAGGACCAAUGAAUUCCUUAGCUAUGAAAGGUACAGAAGGUAAUGGUAAUGGUGGAUCUGAGACACAAUUUGAAAGUGCUAUUGAUUCAGAUGUUGAAAUUGAUCAUCCUCAUUCAGAAACUGAUGUUUCUGCUCCAGGAGAUAGUUAUCAUGCCGAUGAUGAUGAUCAGCAUACGGAUGUUAUUCCUUCCCUAGAUGCGGCCCAUGAUGAGACCAAACAUAUUCAUGAUGAUAAUGAUGAUGGUGAUGAAAAGGGUGAGAUUACUAUUGAUAGAGUUGUGCUAGAAAAGAUGAGGAAUGAAUUGUAUGAAUUGAAGACAAGUUCUAAAGAAAAUGCGAAAAUUGCAAGCGAUCAUAUUAAAGAGUUAGAAAAGGAAUUGGAAGAAGUAAAGCAAAAUCAUAGUUUCGAACAUGAUUCUCUUGAAAAGAGUUUGCUAGAGGAUAAAUUGCACGAAUUUGAAAACUUAUUAUCUUCUAAAUUUCUAGAUGUGGAACAUUUGAAUGAAAUUAUUAAGCAACAAAAUAAGACUAUUGAGACAUAUGAAUUGGAGCCUAUUUAUAAAAAGAAAUAUGAGGAAUUACAAAGAGACUAUGAAUUCGUAACCGAAGAGAAUGAUACCCUGAAAAAAGAAGCUACGCGAUAUGAAUUGGAUUUGAGAAAUAACAUCAUAUCUUAUUCAUCAUCAUUAGAUGAAUUAUUAUCUCACUGGAAACAAAUGACAAUAAUGAAAAAUCAGAAGCUCGAUGAUGGAAUGAAAUCUGAGGUUGCUAUAGAAGAUGAUAAUGGUCAUCAUAAGAGUGUAGUAGAUAAAUUAUCUAAUAGGUUGGAUGAUCUAAUAGCGAAAAGUCAAGAAAUGUCUGAAUCAAAAGAUAAACUAAGUAAAGAAUACCAAAGUUUGGAACUAAAACACAGCACUUUAAGUCAAGAAUUACUAUCCAAAGAAAAUGAGUUAGAGAAGACUGAAAAGAAUUAUAAAGAUAGUUUGGAUGCUGUUGCUACCGCAAGCAAAGCAUUGAAAAUUUCGCAACAAGAAGUGGAGAAAUAUAAGUUAUUAAACAAGAAACUACAGCUUGAGCUUGAACGUGAGCAAAUAAUGAGCAGCAGUAGCCCCGAUGAUUCCGUAACGGGCAUGUCAGGUACAACCAACGUGAGCGAACAGCCGAGUCAUUCAACUGCAAGGGAAACCCAUUUAAAUAUGAAGAUAAGUAAUCUUGAAGCAGAGUUGUUUAUUAUCAAACAAGAAAGAGAUUCUAUGAAAGAUGAAAUGUUAGAAUUGAAAAAGAAGCUUCUAACGAUGGACUCAACGGAAGUUGCAUAG